UUAUAAAUAAUUUAUUUGGCAUUAUAAAGACGCUUAGUGUGCUCUCUCUCUCUCUGUGUGUGUGACCUUGGAUAUAUCCUGGAAACGAAUAUACACAGUGAACGAGCCGUGUAGUUUAUGGCACUGGUCUUAUUUCUAGAGGGGGAAUAAAGCGUUACGUAAUUAUAACGGAGGCAUCCUGUUGUCGCCAUAUGCCUGUCGAGGGGCAGGAAUCGGAUGUUGCACCGCCCGGGCCGGGAAGAUAAAUACUGCUUCUCGGGGAUGAAAAAGCGCUCAACAUUUUGUCGGCAGUCAAACAAAUCAAACAUAUCUCCCAUCGUGACUGCGCUUGAGGCUUUUAUUUUACGCACGGGCGCACCGGAUGCCUUUAAGAUGACGUGGGCCGGCCCGGUGCGGAGUGAUGGAUGACCAGUGGCACACAUUAAGGCCUCAUUGCAAAAUCUAGAUAAGGCAGAUCAACUGAAAGUGUUGAAUAGACAGAGAGACUACAUCUUAAAAAGGCUGACUGACUGGGAUUAUUUUAUUUUUUUAAAUGAUUUACUGCAAGUCAGCUUCAUAGACAGGUAAUGGACCCAGUGUGAUUGUUACAACGCCAUCCUGCCCAGCUGGCCUGUCUAUGUCCGAAACUAUGGCGACUUGUCCGAGAGGCUGCACCCCAGCGGUGCGCCUUUGUCAGAAACUGAACCGACUCAAGACACUGGAUGAUGACAUGAUGGCCACGUCGCUGAAACGCUGCCUCUCCACCCUGGAUCUGACUCUGCUGGGAGUCGGCGGCAUGGUGGGCUCCGGGCUUUACGUCCUGACUGGAACAGUGGCUAAAGACAUGGUCGGGCCUGCUGUCAUCAUAUCUUUCAUUUUUGCAGGUAUUGCGUCUCUACUGGCCGCCUUUUGUUACGCAGAGUUUGGAGCACGCAUUCCCAAAACAGGAUCCGCCUACAUGUUUACCUAUGUCUCUGUAGGAGAGAUCUGGGCCUUUCUCAUUGGUUGGAAUGUGAUUCUGGAGAACAUGAUUGGUGGCGCUGCCGUGGCACGCGCCUGGAGUGGCUAUCUGGACUCCAUUUUUAACCACGCCAUCCAGAACUUCACGGAGACACACAUCAUGCAGUGGAACGUGCCCUUCCUUGCCCAUUACCCCGACGUCCUUGCAGCAGGGAUUCUAAUAGUUGCCUCGUUCUUCAUCUCCUUUGGAGUUCAAGUGUCCUCUUACCUCAACCAUAUCUUCUCCAUUAUUAGUAUGGCCGUCAUUGUUUUCAUCCUGGUCUUUGGCUUUAUGCUUGCUGAACCAGCCAAUUGGAGCCAGAAAGAAGGAGGUUUUGCACCUUUUGGGCUGUCUGGAAUACUGGCAGGGUCAGCCACGUGCUUCUACGCGUUCGUGGGCUUUGAUGUAAUUGCGUCCUCAAGUGAGGAGGCAAAGAACCCACAGAAAGCCGUUCCCAUUGCCACUGCGAUCUCCCUCGCAUUGGCUGCAACAGCUUACAUCCUGGUAUCCACAGUGCUCACGCUAAUGGUACCCUGGCAUACACUGGACCCCAACUCAGCUCUGGCAGACGCUUUCUUCCGCCGUGGUUACAGUUGGGCAGGAGUGAUUGUGGCAGUAGGUUCCAUCUGUGCCAUGAACACAGUGCUGCUCUGUAAUCUCUUCUCCCUCCCUCGGAUUGUGUACGCCAUGGCAGAGGACGGGUUGUUCUUCUCCAUUUUUGCACGGGUCAAUCCUGUCACCAAAGUCCCUGUCAAUGCUAUAUUGGUCUUUGGGGUCCUCAUGGCCACCAUGGCUCUCAUCUUUGACCUGGAGGCCUUGGUUCAGUUCCUGUCCAUCGGCACCCUCCUGGCGUACACCUUUGUGGCAGCGAGCGUUAUUGUGCUGCGCUUCCAGCCUGAGAAAACCAACUGCAAGGGAAGCGCUUCCACAUCUCCCAACCCCAAUGCCGAGCCUUCCCCUGCCCCCUCAGAGUCUCAGACCAUAGCCGAGGACAGCGGGGAGCUGAAGCAGUACGAGUCCUUCUCUGACAAACUCCAGCUGGUGGAGAGGCAGACGAUGAGAGAGCGGCGUGGGGUAGGGCAGCUGAAGGCCUACUGGGAACCCUACCUGGGCAGGCUGGUGGGGGACUGUGAGCCGGGCGAGGUGGUGGCUUUCAGCGUGCUGACUCUGAUCGUGAGCUCGGUCUCCCUCUGUGCUGUGAUAGAAUUUGGAACCAAACAGCUGCAGCUGCCGAUCUGGAGCUUCACCAUGCUGCUGGUGAUUUUUAGCUUAGCUUAUGUUCUCAGCCUGGCGCUCAUAUGGAUUCAUGAGCCACAAACCAACAGCAAAACAUUCCAGGUACCUUUGGUUCCAUUGACUCCAGCUGCCAGCAUCCUCUUUAAUGUGUUCCUCAUGAUGAAGCUCAGCUCUUUAACCUGGAUUCGAUUCACCGUAUGGAUCGCUAUAGGUCUGUUUGUGUAUUUUGGCUACGGGAUCUGGCACAGUAAGGAGGGCAUGCGGGAGCUGCAGCCCAAAGACAUGGCCGCCCGGUACGUGGUGCUACCCAGCGGCAGCCUGGUAGAGACAGUGCAGCCUGUCCAGCCCGAUGGACAAGUGGACCACAUCAACCCCUCGACUGCCUCGACAGCUGAGGAGUACGCAGGAAAGAGAUGAUGUGUGACCAAACAUAGUCAGUACUACUGCCUGGUAUUAUCUGUUGUCUACCACUCAUACGCUGUACUAUUACUCGUGUACUCUCUGUAUCUCUCACUUCCUUUAGCGUGGGACCCCGCCUGCCACAGUCUGUACUCGUUGCUCUGCAAAUGUAAGCACACCACAGGGUGGGAUGCACGCUCUCUGUCUCGUUGUGAAGCAUAUUUGUAUAUCUUGUAAUACUCGAAUGUACAGUAGAGAGCUUUAUUACUGUCCUGUAAACUCCUAGCAUCAACGUUGUGUUAUAUCCUUUAAGACCAGCUCUUUUCUUGCAACCUUGCCAGUUUGUCAGGAUCCACAUGGUUAUAGGUUCAAUUCGGUGCUUACUUUGUGACAAAUGGUACUUUUAGUUAAAUACACUCAGUGUUGUUGUUUUUUUUUAAUGUUAACACAGAUCUGGAGCUGGAAAAUCAACAUUCACCAAAACUGUCAUUUUGUCAACAAAGUGGAAUGCAACACUGCAUUUUUGAAGAUAUCAUUUGAGCAUCUUAAGCAUUCAUUUGUUGCAUGUUUUCUUAGGUAAGCAGAGGAAUGCACAGACUUUUGUGAGUUUACAUUUUUGCCUUUUUCUCAAAUUCUUCUCCCCAAAGACAGGCUCUAAUCAGUUGGAUCCUCUUAGUCCAUCUCCUCCUUUUAUUACUCAUAGAUUCCCCUAAGUAUAGUGGUUUCUGGCAAAUUAUUUAAUCCCAUAUUCUAAAAUAUGUAUUUAUUUUUCUAUUAUUACUAAUGAUAUCUUGCUUUCAUUCAGAUUUCAUUACCUUUUUUUCCUGAGUUUAAUGUUUCUGCCACUGUCAGUUUUGUUAUACAUGUUUUACCUCUUUUACGUUCACCUUUUAAGUGGCUGAGCAACCCUUCAGUGCUUGACUUAAUCUCCUAGAUCUUGUCCCAUGACCCUGUUUUUUUUGUGUCACUGAUCUUGCACAGUCUUUUCUCACGGACAGCAGCCCUCUCUCCUUCUCCCCUGUUGGCAUGAGAUUAGAAAUCAAAGCACAUAGAUUACUGAGCUUUUACUUCAUAUGACUGAUUUCCUGGGAUAACCUGAGAGAUAAUUAGAUUAUUGGACACAUAAGGAAAGCACAAACCUUUUGAGUGGGAAUCUUCACGCACACAGGGUAGAAUAUUGGUAGGCAGGCAGACAUUGGUUGGUCUGUUAAACCUGGGAUGUGCUCCAUCUCUGUGAGGCCUCCGUAAUCCCAGCAGAUUUGCAGCACUCCCUGUGGUCAGUCUGCAGCCUGACCUAGAUUAGAGAAAGGCGGCACACAUGUGAGAACACUCACAUUAUACUGAUAACAUUCCCACAGCCAACACUUGUAAACAACGGUGUCAAUAAGUGAACAUGAGGCUUUAGUUUUUCUUACAUAUAGGUAAAUAUACUUAAAAAAUAUGUUUUUAUUCAUUUCAGUUUGUGUUUGCAUGUGUUACACAAGAAACCAAUGGCCUUAAAGAUGUUGUAAUCAAUGCAGACUGAAUUCCAAAGUCAAAGUUAUCAGUUUUAACAAUUCAUGCUUUCUAAUUAUUAAACCAAAACACAAACAUGAAGAGAUCAAACAGUAGGAGGCAUUUUGGCAUAAUUUCCAAAAGGAGUCAGAGAAUUUUGUACAACUUUGCACAUUGAAAACUAUUAUCUGGUCAUUUUGUGUCACAGUUAUGCUUUCGAUGUCAGGGCCAGUGAUGGAUAUUGAUACUGCGGUGCUUUUUUAAAGCUGAACGUUCUCACACCUCUUUCUCUGUCUGUUUUGUGCCAGGAAGCACAGUUAUCCAAUUCUUUUCUUACUCCUGAAUAGAAUUGUACUCUGUACUUGCACAUUAAGUUCUUGAAUCUUUCUGUUAUAGUGUAUGUCUGUAUUAAAUGCAAAAGACUGUGUUAUACAUGAAAAAUAAAUGUUUUGAAGCAGCAUUUACAAAAUUCUAAA